AUGCAUUCUGUCUUCCCCCUCAACGCAAGUUACUCACCAGCUUCCAGUAACACCAACACGGGCGAGCUCAUCCCAGAAUGGCACAGCAUCUACCCUUCCGGCGGUUCCGUCUACGCGCCCUCAGGCCACAUCUCUUUCGUCAUCACCGCCAACGACACGACUCAGGCAGACGUGCGCCCCAAAACUGUUACUCUCCCCGCCAAGCCCACCGACUCGGACCAUGACUGGGCCCUCGUUGCGCAGCACAGCCUCGGCGUCUUUGGCAACUAUCGCUUCUCCAAGGUGACCUGCGACGGCGGGGACGACAAAUACGGUGACAAGGGCUACAAGAGCAAGGGAGGGAAUCGCAAGAAGGGCCCCUCGGGCGUGUUGACGGUUGAUGUGACCUCAGCUACUCUUCCUAGCUACGUUGGCCUCCAGCUUGUCAACACGUUUGAGUUCACAAACGACUGCAGCAAGCACGUUCUCAAGGCAGACUUUGGCGGCGGCCUGGUCCAGACUGUCUGGUUCUACCGCUUGCCCCAGCAGGAUGUUUUUGCUUAG